AUGGACUCUGGGUGGCAGCCUUACCAGGAUCCCCUGAUGGGUGAUCCCGCGCAGUACGAUACUGGGUUGGCGUCGCAUCCCCAGCAACUAGGCUCGAAGUACGGUCAGCCACCGCAGUCACAGCCCCCCGUCGGGUUCCAAUAUGAGACCUUUCAAACUCCCAGCACCAACUCCAAGCCUUCCUCCGCCGGUCCAAACUCCAAGCCUGUCUCCAUGGCCUCAUCUCCGACCGCCACGCCACGUAACCGGGAUUAUGUCACCGAUGCGGAUGCCACCAUGGAGGACGCGGACCCAUACAACCGUGCCAAGUACCCCUCGAGGCCGAAUCAUCACAAUCGCGCCUCGUCUCAAUUCCUCUCGCAGGCCGAAGAGUCGUCGGCCGCCCGCAGAUAUUCGCCCAUGAGCGUCUUGUCGCCGCCGAUGUCAUACCCUACGAGCCCCGGAAAGUCCCAGCAGAGCUACGGCUUCCCGCCUACGGUGCCAGGCCAAACGCGACGGUCGCCGGCCAGAUCGGCCGACUACGCAUCGCCUUCCCACGGGUAUCAAUCGCCGCCAUCGAAUCGAGCCUCUAGACUACCCCCGCUUCAAGCGGGCGACCUCAGCCCAGACCAGUAUUACCCACCGUCCGCAUCCUCCCACAUGGGCUCCUCAUUCGGCCCGGGGUCGCGAUCUCCACGAUCCGGCUCCCUGCCAUCACAAGUUCCCGGACGUGGUCCGGUUCCCAAGUUCCAGAAGAUCAAAUCCGUGCAGGAGCUGCAACCGCGGGUCCACGCCCAGCCUGCGUACCGACGUGCCAACCCAGAGGGUGGUUUCAUUAGUCCCCUUCAGGCCUUGACGACGCACCUCCCUUCGACGUACCGCAUCUGCAACCCAAACUUCAACUACGAGUCCUCGAGGAACCCCCGACGCGUGUUAACAAAGCCUAGCAAGGGCGUGAAGAACGAUGGUUACGAUAACGAAGACAGCGAUUACAUCUUAUACGUCAACGAUAUUCUGGGUAGCGAGGAAGCUGGUCACAAGAACCGUUACCUCAUCCUCGAUGUCCUAGGCCAAGGUACAUUCGGUCAAGUUGUAAAAUGCCAGAACCUGAAGACCCAAGAGGUUGUGGCUGUCAAGGUCAUCAAGAAUAAGACCGCAUACUUCAACCAGAGCAUGAUGGAGGUUUCGGUACUGGAUCUGCUUAACAGCAAGUACGAUAAGAACGAUGAUCACCACCUUCUGCGUCUGAAGGAUACAUUCAUCCACCGGCAGCAUCUGUGUCUUGCCUUUGAGCUUCUCAGUGUCAACCUUUACGAGCUUAUCAAACAGAAUCAGUUCCGCGGAUUGAGUACUACUCUCGUCCGUGUCUUCGCGCAGCAAUUGUUGAACGCCCUCAGCCUUCUAAACAAGGCUCACCUGAUCCAUUGCGAUCUGAAACCGGAAAACAUCCUCUUGAAGAAGUCAGUUAGCUGCCUUGUCUGCUUGCAACCCUCGGUCUCCCUGGACAAAACGCUAACGCUCGAGGACAACAGUCUUGAGAGCCCAAUCAUCAAAGUCAUCGAUUUCGGCUCAGCAUGCGAUGAGCGGCAGACCGUCUACACAUAUAUUCAAUCGCGCUUUUACCGAUCACCAGAAGUGCUACUUGGUUUGCCGUACUCUUCCGCAAUUGACAUGUGGUCACUCGGCUGCAUCGUCGUCGAGCUCUUCCUCGGUCUCCCCCUCUUCCCCGGUUCCUCCGAAUAUAACCAGGUCUGUCGGAUUGUUGAGAUGCUGGGACUACCCCCAACAUGGAUGCUGGAGAUGGGCAAGCAAUCGGGCGAGUUCUUCGAAAAGACAUCGGAUGAGUAUGGGCGAAAGACCUACCGUCUCAAGAGUUUAGAACAAUAUUCUCGAGAGCAUAACACGAAGGAACAGCCGAGCAAGAAGUACUUCUCUGCCUCAACUCUGGAGGAGAUCAUUCGGAGCUACCCAAUGCCGAGAAAGAACAUGAAGCAAGCUGAGAUGGAACGAGAACUCAAUAACCGAGUCGCAUUUAUCGACUUCGUGCGUGGGCUACUUUCCAUCAACCCCCUUGAGCGAUGGUCUCCUCAGCAGGCGAAGCUUCAUCCUUUCAUCACUCAGCAAAAGUUCACUGGCCCAUUCGUGCCCCCGAUGAACCUGAAGUACUCGACGCUUAACAAGACCGUCGCACCCGGCGUUCAGCAGCAGCAGCAGGCCGAGGCUGCUAGUAAGCAGCGCGCGGCACAGGCGGCUCAUGCGCAGUCAACGUACAACAUGCAGAUGAACCAGUACCACGCUCCGGCCCAUGCUCAAGCCCCACCAGUGUAUAACGGCAUGUACCAGCAAGGCGCACCACCACCGCCGCCCCCGUACCCCACACAACCGCCCGGGUAUGGCCACCAGAUGAAUAUGGUGCCAGGGCAGAUUCCUCCUCAACCUCAGUAUGCCCAAUCACAGAGCCUCUACGCUCAAGCAACAACAAGGGCAGGCCGUCAGCGUGCUUCUACGAUGCAUGAUGGAGGAGGCAUUCCGCCGACAAUCCAGCGAGUGGCUAGCCACCUUGACCCCAGCGCGCCCAUUCGCCUGCAGCCCAGCCCUGCUUACUACCCGCCCCCUGCUGACGGUUAUGCCGAUGCAUCUGGCCAGCAACAUCGUCGCGGCAGUCGAGCUGGUGGAAGUGGAAACGGAACCGGAAAUGGAAACCAGCGCAACCGAGACUUUAUCCGCACACUUGAGGAUGGUGUCCUGAGCGAAGGAUACAUGAGCCAGAACCAGUGGCACUAA